CAGAAAUACUUCCUAGAAACAGCAAGUAGCCGCUCAACCCUGCCUGAACUUUGCUGUAAACACAGCGCACUGACAGACGGCAUCCCUGCUGGGUGGAUCCCGCACCUCCUAGAGGGAAUGGCACUUCUUGUUUUUAAUUAGCAAGGGGAAACGUGAAUUAAAACUAUCUGUUUGGCAAGUCGGUGCAAGAGGCUGACUCCUGAGAGGCUUCGGGGAGUCGGAGGGGAGAGCUCCGCGGGGGAAGGUAGCGCGUGUGCUGGGUUUGUUUUCUCAAUGAAACGCUUGCCGGUGACUGAGAAAAAUACAGCUUCUUCCCGGGUCCGCGGCGUAGUUACCGCAGACAGCUCCAGGCAGGACAUGGCUCUGAAGACGCGCUCCUCGGAAUGCUUUCCUGCUCCGGGCUUUUAAACAACUGUCCUGAGGAAAGGAAGGUUUUACGUGUCCAAAGACAGCUUGACAAAUGGCACUUUGGAACUGUGCUUUCUGAUGACAACACGUUCGAUUUCUGACAAAGCCUCUCGCACGCUGCCCCUGGAGGGAAGUCCUAAGUAAAACUCAAGCCCGCCUUAAAGUGAGGUUCCGGAGGGCUUGCACCCUGAGACCGCAGCAUGGCAUCCGCCGGACGCGCUAUCACCUUGCUCCUGUGGGGUCACUUACUGGAGCUUUGGCCAGGAGGUCGCGCAGCCGAUACCCCCUACCCCCGGUUACGCCUGUCACAUAAAGAGCUCUUGGAUCUGAACAGAACAUCAAUAUUUCAUAGCCCUUUUGGAUUUCUUGAUCUCCAUACAAUGCUGCUGGAUGAAUAUCAAGAGCGACUCUUUGUGGGAGGCAGGGACCUUGUGUAUUCCCUCAGCUUGGAGCGAAUCAGUGAUGGCUAUAGAGAGAUACACUGGCCUAGUACAGCCGUAAAAAUAGAAGAAUGCAUAAUGAAAGGAAAAGAUGCGAGUGAAUGUGCAAAUUAUGUUCGGGUUUUACAUCAUUAUAAUAGGACACACCUUCUGACCUGUGGUACUGGAGCUUUUGACCCACUUUGUGCCUUCAUCAGAGUUGGAUACCAUUUGGAGGAUCCUCUGUUUCACCUGGAAUCACACAGAUCUGAACGAGGAAGGGGCAGAUGUCCUUUUGAUCCCAGCUCCUCCUUCAUCUCCACUUUAAUUGGUAGUGAACUAUUCGCUGGGCUCUACAGUGACUACUGGGGCAGAGAUGCCGCCAUCUUCCGGAGCAUGGGGCGACUGGCCCAUAUUCGUACUGAGCAUGAUGAUGAGCGUCUGUUGAAAGAACCAAAAUUUGUAGGUUCAUAUAUGAUUCCUGACAAUGAAGAUCGAGAUGACAACAAAGUAUAUUUCUUUUUUACUGAGAAGGCCCUAGAGGCAGAAAACAAUGCCCACGCGAUAUACACCAGAGUGGGUCGACUUUGUGUGAAUGAUGUGGGAGGGCAGAGAAUACUGGUGAAUAAGUGGAGCACGUUCCUGAAAGCAAGACUGGUUUGCUCAGUACCAGGAAUGAAUGGAAUUGAUACGUAUUUUGAUGAAUUAGAGGACAUUUUUUUGCUACCUACCAGAGAUCAUAAGAACCCAGUGAUAUUUGGACUGUUUAACACUACCAGUAAUAUAUUUAGAGGGCAUGCUAUUUGUGUCUAUCACAUGUCUAGCAUCCGGGCUGCCUUUAAUGGACCAUAUGCACAUAAAGAAGGACCUGAAUACCACUGGUCACUCUAUGAAGGAAAAGUUCCGUAUCCAAGACCUGGUUCUUGUGCCAGCAAAGUGAAUGGAGGGAGGUAUGGGACCACUAAAGACUACCCUGAUGAUGCCAUUCGAUUUGCAAGAAGCCAUCCACUAAUGUACCAGCCCAUAAAACCUGCUCAUAAAAAACCAAUAUUGGUGAAAACAGAUGGAAAAUAUAAUCUGAAACAAAUAGCUGUGGACAGAGUGGAAGCUGAGGAUGGCCAAUAUGAUGUCUUAUUUAUUGGGACAGAUACUGGAAUUGUACUGAAAAUAAUCACAAUUUACAAUCAAGAAACAGAAUCCAUGGAAGAAGUAAUUUUGGAAGAACUUCAGAUAUUCAAGGAUCCAGUUCCCAUUAUUUCUAUGGAGAUUUCUUCUAAGAGACAACAGCUAUAUAUUGGAUCUUCUUCUGCUGUGGCUCAAGUCAGGUUCCAUCAUUGUGACAUGUAUGGAAGUGCUUGUGCAGACUGCUGCCUGGCUCGAGACCCUUACUGUGCCUGGGAUGGCAUAUCCUGUUCCCGGUAUUACCCAAUAGGCACACAUGCAAAAAGACGCUUCCGCAGACAAGAUGUGCGGCAUGGAAAUGCAGCUCAGCAAUGCUUUGGACAGCAAUUUGUUGGAGAUGCUUUGGAUAAAACCGAAGAGCAACUGGCUUACGGCAUAGAGAACAACAGUACUUUGCUGGAAUGUACCCCACGAUCUUUACAAGCAAAAGUCAUCUGGUUUGUACAGAAAGGACGUGAAACAAGAAAAGAGGAGGUGAAGACAGAUGACAGAGUGGUUAAGAUGGAGAUGGGCUUACUCUUCCUCAGGGUACGCAAAUCAGAUGCUGGGAUCUAUUUUUGCCAGACAGUAGAGCACAGUUUUGUCCAUACCGUCCGUAAAAUCACCUUGGAGGUGGUGGAAGAGGAGAGAGUGGAGGAAAUGUUUAAUAAAGACUAUGAGGAAGACGGGCCUCACAGGAUGCCAUGUCCUGCCCAAAGCAGUAUCCCACAGGGAACGAAACCAUGGUAUAAGGAAUUCUUGCAGCUGAUUGGUUACAGCAACUUCCAAAGAGUAGAAGAAUACUGUGAAAAGGUAUGGUGCACCGAUAAGAAGAGGAAAAAACUUAAAAUGUCACCCUCCAAGUGGAAGUAUGCCAAUCCACAGGAAAAGAAGCUCCGUUCCAAGCCGGAGCACUAUCGCCUACCGAGGCACACGCUGGACUCCUGAUGGGGUGGGAUCACCUGCUGGCUUUGAAGAAUUUAUAUUUGAAACAAGAGAGAGAGAGAGAGACAGAGACAGAGAGAGAAAGAGAUAGAGAGAGGGCAUUCACCUUCUUUCCAUUACUUAAGUUUUCUGUAGUACAGAAAUGACUAUAAAGGUGUUAUGAUAAAUUAUUCUACAUACUCAUUUGACUGGAACUAAUUUUUUAAAGAAGUGCAUUGCUUAAUGGCUUCACAUUAUAUUUAUCAAAAAAAAAUGACCAUAGCUGUAGUUUUGAGUUUGAGCCACUUUUCCAUGGAAGUUAUGAUUUUACCCUUGGAAGACUUAAAAUUAUUAGAAUAUUGAAGAAAAACUAGAGAAUUUCAUAAGCAUGAGAAAUAUAAAUGUUUUAAUCUUUCUGAAUGUUUCCUUUCUACAGUGAUAUAAAAUGCCCGGACUAUCAUAUAUUUUAACAUUCUCAUGUGAAUUUCUGUAGUUUUUAGGAAUUAUUGCAUUAAUGUUGUCUAAGCAUACAUAUAUAUGUAGCAGGUGUGCUGUCAUUGCUGUAAAUUAUGAAAGAAAAAUAUCACUCUGAGGCUGAGGCCCUUCAUGAAACAUUCACAAACCCAUUUUUUUUAUAAAGAAAACGAACUCUUUACAUUUUACUACAAUGUGGAAAGAAGGAAACUAAGAUAACUUCAAGAAGGUAACAAAGACCAAAGCGUUAGAAUAACUAGAAGAUUUUUGCUGCCCUCUUGUGGUAAGAAACAGUAUAUUCUCCUAAUACUUGUUUUUCUCCUCACUGUCUAGGAAAGAUUUGAAAGCAGAUUAUAACAACUAACCGAAAUAAAACAAUGUUAAUACUUAUGGCAUGCUUUAAGAUGGAGCUAAUAUCAAAAAUUAAAAUAUAGCAUUACUAAAGUUCAUUUUAAACUUAAACUUUGAAGCUUUCAAAAGAAUCUUCCCUGACCUAGAAGGUAUUCUGGAAAUGUUUUAUUGGGGGGCGGGGGGGGAGUAUUUUGCGCUUAGAUAUCAAAUUUUUCUAUUUUCUAUUAACAGGAAAAUUGUUUCAUGAGUUCAUUUAUCAACUGAAAUCUUCAGAACAUUUUUAUCUUUGUCUUACAAGUAUUGCCAAAAUUUGUAUUUUGGAAAAUAUUUAUUUCUUAAAGUCUUUCCUUUUUCUACUUUAAAGAUCUACCAGUUAUCUUUUUGAAAUAGGAAUUUUAUGAGAUGUUUCAUUUAAAUAAAAAGUAAAAGCAAGUGGAUUUCACAUAAAAACAAUUGUGAACAUUUAUUUAAAAAAUAUAAAUAAUACUUAUUUUAGUUUCAAAGUUAUUAACUAUAUAAUUAAGAAGGUAGUGCUGAGUACUUGCAAUGGCUUACAGUUUGAGUCUUAAAUUAAUAAAUAUAUAUAUAUUUCAAGGAAAUUUUAAAAGUUCAUUCAGAUAAACCUCCAACUUCCAAAAGCACCAACAAAUGCAAAUGGAAAAUUGACAUCUGAAAAAUCCUCUUGCUAUUUACCUACAAAUCCACUGGAGGUCAUUGCUGCCCACCAACCAUAAUUGAAAACAGCUUGUAUGGAAAGCUACUCUUGAAAAACAGUAUUUCAACAAAAAUCUACCCAAUUCGGAGAAACAGAACCAUCAACACAGAUCACAUGUUCGUUGGCAAAGUUUGUGUCUGAAAUACUCAGAGUGAGCAAAAAAGCAAAAAUAUUUUCAUUAGAGAAGUUUAUUGAAAAAUUUCUCCUAUUAACACAUGACAUGGAAAAGCAGAAUUUUCUCCUAUAUCUGAAUUUUUUUUUUUUAAAGAAGUAAGGUAGACAUGGUAUAAGUAGUUAUUUUAAUCUUGGUACACACAAUCAAUUAAUGAUGAUGAUGAUUUCACUUGUAAAUUAAAUAUUUGGCAACUGAAACAAUAAGACUGAUAAAAUGCCUUUUCUUUUCAUAUAACAUGAGGUUUUGUGGGGUUUUGUUUUGUUUUGUUUUAUACCAGGGAUUGGACCCAAGGUUUCCUUACCACUGAGCUAUAUCCCCAGACAUUUUUCACUUAUUUUCUAAAAUUUUGAGACAGGAUCUCACAAAGUUGCUUAAGUGUUAAAUGUACAUGCAGGAUGUUUGCUAAAAUAAGAUGACUCUUAACGAGAAAAUAAACAUUUUAUGUGAAAUGCUUAAAGUGAUUCUGGGAAAAUAAAUCCCACCCAAAGAUAACUUGUUGCAAAUGCUAGCUUGAAAUAAAUCCGAUAAGACAAUUUUGAGGGUUCGGGUCUAAAUUUAGGGAGGGCAUUAAUUUAUAUAUAUAUGUAAAUUUAUAUUCAAAUUAUAUAUGUAUAUAUACAUAUACUUUUUUUUUUCAUAUACCACCUAUCUUGCCACAUACUCACUUAUGGCAGUAGCUUGAGAACUGGGAAAGAAGAGGAAGUGACCAAGAGCACGGUUUCCAGGGUUAACAUUCCAUGUCCACCAUCAUUCAUUUCCUUAAUAUCUCUCCCUCUUUGUCCCCUGACACACACCUGCACAUACACACUCAAACCUCACAUACUUUAAGAUAAAUUAAAUACAAAAUACAAAACAACUAAUCUAUGUUACUCUUUCUUGAGAGCCCUGAAACUACUACAAAACGUGUUUAUGGUCUUUGUUCUGUCUGGGAUUUGAGUUGAAAUUCAGUUUCCCCUUUGAGAAAUGCUCAGACUUGGAAAAUUAUAAAUGAAUGGAUCAGUGGUUCCUCUUCCUUGAGUUCAGGAAGGGUACAUACUUAGACAACUGCAAGGCUUGGAGGAGCUAAGGAUUCACAUUGACCCACUCAGAUACAAGCUUGGUGAAGAAAAGAACUCCUACCCUCUAGGAACAAUCAGCUGAUAAGGAAUCACAGCCGUCCAAUCUUCUUCCAAAGGGCACCUCCAUGUAGUCAGUCUCCUGCUUCUUCACACCCUUUCUGUGUUACUCUUUUACAGGAGAGGACCUACAAAGAGAGGGAACCUUUACAUGCUCCACAUGAGACAAGGUGUCUCCUCUCUCAACACAAUGUUACCCACUGAGCUAGAGAUCAGAUAAGUUAGGAUUACAAUUUAAAGGGAUUUUACUUUGUUACUUACGAGGUUUCUUCCAUGGCUAACUUUCUACAUUGACAUAUUUUUCUUCUGUGUUAUAUACUGGAUAUUUCGGUGUAAACCUAUCAAUUUGGAGAAGAGGUUCAUGGAAAUGAACGCUAGAAAGUAUAUAGAAAAGGGGAAACAAAGUCUUUGCCUGUUUAGUAAGAAACAAUUCCGUAUGUGUGUAUACGAGCACUACAACACACACUAGAGAAUUGUUUUUCCUUUCCAAAUUAGUUAACUCAUUGGAUGUUUUUGCUGACUGUUUAAUAUUUGCUAUCAGGUAGAGGGUUUUAUAUGUCUUCAUAGUGAUUAUAAAUAUUUAUAAAAUGUGUACAGUACAAUAAAUCAUUUUGAGUGUUAGGCAUGAAACAAACAUGGCAACUGUUGUCCUUAAAAAUGAACUGCUUUGUGACAUCUUUAGCCUAUUAAGAAAAGUGCUUAAUAUUGUAUUUGGGAUCCCAGGAGAAAGUCCCAUACUUAUAAUGAUAAUAUGGAGUACAUGUAUUUUUUUCCCUUGUAGCAAAAAAAAAUCAUGUUGAGUUACAUUUUAAAAGAAGUACUUAUUUUGCAACCUUCUAAUUAAAUAUAAAUAAUAGAUAUCCCAUGAACAGGUUUUUGAUUGUAGCAGUGUUAUUUAAGCUCAUAUGUUUGUUUUAUUUCGUUAGGAGCAUAGCUUUAUAUAUUGACUUAGGUUAUAAAUUGAACAUGUUCUGUUUGUGUUUAAGUGGCUUAGUUAUAAGCUGGAGCACUGUAUUGGGAUAUUUUGUCUCUAUGGUAUCCUUCAAUUUUCUUGGCAGGGUCCAUAACAGCAUGUACCAUAUUAUUUCUUUUCACUGAUUAUAAGCCAUGAGACUUUCAAUCAUCUGGUGGAAGCUGCAGGGACCAUUGCAAUGUGUCUCUUUGACUAUAACAUGGAUCUGUCACACAAUUUGUACCAUUACAUCCAAUUUCUAUUUGGUUCAACUUAGAUGAAAAAGAAAUAAAUAUGCACCAAA